UACAAGUGCAAGUCCAAGCUUUCAUCUGAACGUUUCUAUUAAGCAAUCUUUUCAUUGCCCAUAACCCUCAAGCAUGCCCCGUUCACGGUCAGAGCAUGGUGGUCCCAUUAGUGGCCUCGUGCAUGGAAUCACUACCGGCAUCGGCUUUGCAACUGAAGUUCAUGGGUACAGGAAGGCUAGAAAAGCCGCCCGCGAAGGCAAAGACCAUGAGCAAGAACUUGAGCAACAUUCAAAAGGAAUGGAGCCUUCUCAGCAUAAGUAUGAACAAGAAGAUACAACGCGUUCUGUCUCCUCCUCCCCCCCUCCACCAUAUACUCCCAGUUCCUCAAGCGAAGAGACGAAAACUGCAAUCGAGACUGCAGAUAACCUCGAAUACUCAUGGCAGCUGGAUGAAGCCCAAGACCGGAUUGUCGAUAAACCGGAAUACACACCUCGGAAGAGCAAGCAAGGCACCGCCAAUCCUGACAAAAUAAUUUCUGCUUUCCUCUCGCGUCGGCCGCCUCCUGAGCUUCCGCCAUCUACUCAACUGACUUAUCCGGUUGCGAUUCCUCAGCGCCGUCCCAAAGCCAAGACGCGAGGAUUUAUUCGUGCCUAUGCCCCCGACCUGCAGACCGUAGGUAUCGACCAAGACACCUGGUUCGACAUGGUCGAGACGCUCAACGAAGCGAGCCUUGCCAAUCCCUGGAUCAACGCCAUUAACCUAGCCUCUUUAGCGGCCUCUCCACUGCCCUUUGCCAUUUCGACGGCGAUUUCGGUAGCCAUCAUGGUUGCCACAGAUGUUGCAAUUGAGGCCCAGAGUCGCUACAGACAAAACAAGGCCCUGGACAGAUUGAACCAAGAGUUUUUCCGACCACGUGGUCUCUACUGUCUCAUCAUGACAUGGGAUGCGGCAGCCGCCGACUCUCAUACCAACAUCGACAUCAACUCCACCGUCCAGAACACAAUGGACAGCCAGGGCCGGAUGUCCCAUCGAUUCCAGUCGUCCAAUGGGGUUACCAAUGGAAUGGAAUCUAUUCAAAUGGCGGAACUGAUCUUCCCGGGUCUGGAUCUCCUUGCAACAAGAUCCAAAGAGGAGCAGACGGGCUUCAAGAAGAGGUUGGAGCGAGGCAAGUUGUUUGUAGAUGACUACAUGGACCGUAGGGCCCAGGCCAAAUUUUACGCCGAGAACCCAGAUAGCCAUCUUACUCAGGCGGGAAAACCCAAGUUCGCCUCCAAGUACGCCGAUCCCACGCAUCCCAUACACAGUGGUUUGUCUUUACGGGGGAGGGAAGGGACCUUGCAGCAGCGCCGUAGCCUUGGCUCACGAGACGAGUUGGGGCGAGGCAUUGGAGGAAGGCGAAGCGGUGGUGGCCUUCUUGGGCUGGUCAGCCUGGCCGCUGACCAAAUCGCCGCCCAUCGUGAUCCACAAAAAGCCCGCCCAGAGAAUAGCAACUCGGACAACCCACCAGCGCCCUAUGGCAGGUCAAGCUCCAGCAGGCGCGAAGAACAGCAGCCAGAUUCCCGCGUUCCAGCUAGUCGACGUGCAGGCAAGGGUCUCAGUCUAAAGAAGCUUCUUAGCUCGAAAGUGCUCUAUCUCAUGGUUGUCAACAUGCCGACUGAAGAAGAAUUGGCUCAGGCGCGUUCGUUGACUGCUACUUGGAGAUUUGACGGAGAGCAUCAACGGAUCUAAUAGUGCCGGUCUCUAUCCUUUUCCUCUCCUGUAAUUUCUUGUUACCUGUGGAAGAUUGUAUAUCCAUGAA